UUGGGCAAAACCCCAAAAACUAUUUUCCAACAAAGAAAGCACAAUCUAAUGGAGAGGCCAAAACUGUCUUCUCCCAAUCUUCCUCAAAAUCAAAAAACAGAGUUGUACAGAUCAUCAGCAUCAACCAGAACUCCCACAACCACUGUCUCCAACUUUCUAUGUUCCUCAAAAACAUAUCCAAAUUCUUUUUUUAAAAAAAUUUGUUUUCAUUUUUUUGGGUCCUUGUUCCUCUCCAGCAUCACUUCCAGCUCACCCGCUUAGAUCGGAUCUAUUCUCUGCCACCCCUUCUCUUUAGUUUCAUCUGACGCCACUUGGUUUGCUUUUCCAUCAUCCCCAGUAAAAGAAAACAAACUCACAAUAACCGAAAAAAAAAACUAUUUUUUGAUUACUUUUUCCAGAAAACCCAAGAGAAAAUCUCAACCCCAUAUGAUUAAACCAUCGCAGGGUUGUGUUCCUGGCCUCCAUAGGCUCCAUUUCUGAACUGGGUCGGUGCUAAAUGGGCAAUGUGACUGCGGGCGUGGCUGCCAAGUUCGCUUUCUUUCCACCAGACCCGCCAACGUAUGAUAUUUACAGAGACGAGGAUGGGAGGCUGGUUUUCCCCGGGGUGACGGCGGAUAAGAACGUGGACGUGCAUUUGCUGGACACUAAAGGCGGGAACAAGAUCGUUUCCAUGUUCUGGAAGCACCCUUUUGCGAGGUUCACGCUGCUGUACUCGCAUGGCAACGCUGCUGACCUGGGUCAGAUGCACGAGCUCUUCAUCGAGCUCAGGGCUCACCUGCGUGUCAAUAUUAUGAGCUAUGAUUAUUCAGGAUAUGGAGCAUCUACUGGUAAGCCUUCUGAGUUCAACACAUAUUACGACAUAGAGGCUGUGUACAAUUGUUUGAAGAGCGAAUAUGGAAUUAGGCAAGAGGGUUUGAUUUUGUAUGGCCAAUCUGUGGGAAGUGGGCCAACAGUGCACUUGGCUUCUCGGUUACAGAAGUUGAGAGGUGUUGUUCUUCAUAGCGCCAUUCUUUCAGGCAUACGGGUCUUGUAUCCUGUCAAGAUGACAUUUUGGUUCGACAUUUUUAAAAAUAUAGACAAAAUACGGCAUGUCAGCUGUCCAGUUUUAGUUAUACAUGGAACAAAUGAUGACAUUGUUGAUUGGUCCCAUGGAAAGCGUUUGUGGGAACUUUCCAAGGAAAAAUAUGAUCCUUUAUGGGUCAAGGGUGGAGGCCAUUGCAACCUCGAAACUUAUCCCGAGUACAUUAAGCACUUGCGCAAGUUCAUAAACGCAAUGGAGAAACUCUCACUCACGAGACCGACGAAAGAAGUCACUUCGAACUCAAGUAUUACACAAGUCAAACACAACAAGUGCUUGAGAUUUGGAAGAUGAGAGGAUAGUGGGUUCUUUCGCCUCAUUUGAUUAUUAGAGAAUCACAGCAUAUAGGUUCCUUUGCAUGGUUGGCCUUUCUCCAAGAAUAGCUAUGCUUGCUUGCUUCAUGGACCCCGUAUUUGGCGGCUAAGCUGUUUUGCCCGAUAUGUUUCUUAAGAUCACAAAAUGAUAGGAAUCACAUAUAUUCUGUUUGUACCAGAUCCUGUUCAGAUAACCAUUUUUGAGGUAGGGAUCUACUGCAGUUGUUUAUGGUUAAUGUCGGAAAAAAAGAAAAUGAUCGCGGCUAAUGCAAGAGAAAUGUGCUUCUUGAUCUGGGUUUCAUGUAUAAUUAGCAAAGUUGAGAUUUAUGUAAAGACUAUCAUCAGUUUGAGAUAAGAAAUUAAAUGAGUUUGUUUCAUUUACUUAUUG